AUGACAAAGCACUGGCCGGAGCAGAGCCUCUUGGCACCACCCGCUCUCUCCCACCUUGGAGAACAUCCCGACCAUCAACUUGACUUCCAUAGAAAUGCGCAGCAGAGUUUUCCCCGCAACGACUUAACCCGAAGCUCUGUGACCCAAUACUGGUCAUCUUACCCGGCUCAGGUGGAUCCCCAGCACCCGACGCGCUUGGAGAAUCCCGGAGCGCCCCACGAACACCCUACCACCUUCACGGGUUUAAUGGAUACUAUACCACCCGACUCAUCAUACACGAGUGCCGAAAAUGCCCACUUUAAACAGGACACCAUCUCACGGGACUCAUGGAGCAGUGAUCGGGAGAAGAGUAAAAGCGGGGGGAAGAAAAAGAACUAUCAGAGGUACCCGAAACCACCAUACUCAUACCUCGCUAUGAUUGCCAUGGUUAUCCAAAGGUCACCAGAGAAGAAACUGACAUUAUCUGAGAUCCUGAAGGAGAUCAGCACUCUCUUCCCAUUCUUCAAGGGAAACUACAAAGGAUGGCGGGACUCUGUGCGACACAACCUUUCCUCUUAUGACUGCUUUGUCAAGGUCCUGAAGGACCCCAGUAAACCCCAGGGCAAAGGCAACUUCUGGGCUGUGGAGCUGAGUCGUAUUCCUCUGGAGCUCCUCAAGAGGCAGAACACGGCCGUGUCACGUCAGGAUGAGACCAUCUUUGCUCAGGAUCUGGCCCCAUACAUCCUGCAGGGACACAAGCCAGAAUCUCUGCCGACCUCUGACCCUGUGACCUCACUUCCACCUAUGCGCUCCAGAAACCUCUCCCCACCUCAGGAGGACUUAUUCCGACCUAAGCUGGACUCAUCCUUCGCCAUCGACUCUCUGCUACACAGCCUGAGGCCAUCUAGUGGUUCUGGAGAUGUAGACCUGGCCUCCAGGGACUGUUGGGGUGAGGUGGAGCGACCUCGACCCUCACCUCCCCGACCUCGCUACGCCUCCUCUGCUCGCAGUGCCUCUGCCAGCUCUGUGAGCCCGGCCUCCACCUCCUCCUCUGAUGACGAGUGGAAAAGCGUGUCUCUGUCUGAGAAACGAGCUCCUCCUGAUGGUGCAGCUGAAUCAGACGGCCUCGAGGACUUCAGACCCCCACUGCACAAAUCAGCCCGAAGGGAAACUGUCCCACCGCCAUGGGAGCUGCCCACCUCCUAUGCCAAAUACGCUCCUCCAAACACCGUUGCUCCACCCAGCAUGCGUUUCAAUGGCAACCCUUUAAUGCCGCUGCAUGGCGGGCUUCCUCUUUAUGGGUACGGGAGCUCUCCUGUAGCUUCUGGCCACUUUUUAGGCCACACCUAUUGGCCGAUCCUCCCCAGCGGACGAGUGUCUGUCCAAGCUCCUCCGCUGAUUAUGGACUUGGACAACAUGUUGCAAUCUGUGCCUCCAAAUAAGAGUGUGUUUGAUGUGCUGGUGCAAACCAAUCAGAACUCCCACUCACAUCAUCAACCACCCAGCCAUUACGGGUUACAAAAUGGGGCUCCUCUAAACAGAUAUCCUCAGUACUAA